GAUUGCUCUAUGGCGAAGAAGAGGAGAGCUGAAAAGCAGGCACUGGGGGUGCCAGUUAACAAGCGGAAAUCCCUGUUAAUGAAACCACGGCACUACAGCCCAGACGUGGACUGCAAGGGAAACCCGGACAACAGGAAUGAGGAUGAUGGCCUCUUAGAGACGAAUGAUCACUCCACUGCAGAGGGAAACAUGGUAAAGCCUGUAGAGGAGACCCUUCAUUCACCUGCGCAAGAAAACUCGCUCCAGACAGAAGACCAAUAUGCGUGUUAUCCAGAGCUCAUGGGUAAAUCUCUAAUGCACCUGAGCAAAUACGAAGAAAGCGUGUCUGUGCCAACUAUAAGAGAAAGCUUAAACGACAGUGGCAUCCAGUCUUUAAAAGCAGAGAGUGACGAGACAGAUGGGUGCUGUACGAGCCAUUCAGACGAUGGAAGGGACAAAGUCCUCAGCUCCCAGCCACCUUUCUGCUCCUCUGGCGACAGUGAAAGUGACUCUGAAGGCACCGAGAAUGGAUGGGGCAGAGGCUCCGUUUCCUCAGAAGACACGGACCCUCAGAGUGGCCACAAACACAAGCCGGCAUUCGCUAAAAAAGACCUGCUGGAGGUUCCUGAGAUAAAAGCUGAAGGUGACAAAUUUGCCCCAUGUGAGAACAGGUCUGAUUCCGACACCGAAGGGAGAGACCCACAGAACUCCCACACGGAACCCUUGGCUGUCAAAGCCCGGCCUUCCUUCCCAGAGGCUGAAGAUGGUGAGAGCCUGGUCCCCAGUACAGAGGAGCCUGGAGACGUGGAUAAAGUGAAGGGGAACCUGAGUUUGUUGGAGCAAGCUAUUGCUCUGCAGUCUGAACGAGGUUCUGUCUUCCAUCACACCUACAAGGAGCUGGACUGCUUUCUCCUGGACCACCUGGUGAGGGAGCGGAGGCAACCCAAGGUUACCGACACUGGUGGAAGACAAAUCUUUAACAAUAAACAUUCGCCAAGGCCUGAAAGGAGGGAGGCCAAGUGCCCCAUCCCUGGCUGUGACGGCACGGGGCACGUAACUGGGCUCUAUCCCCACCAUCGCAGCCUUUCCGGGUGCCCCCACAAAGUGCGAGUUCCUCUGGAAAUUCUUGCCAUGCAUGAGAAUGUGCUCAAGUGUCCCACCCCAGGAUGCACAGGAAGGGGACAUGUGAACAGCAAUCGCAACACUCACAGAAGUCUUUCGGGUUGUCCCAUUGCUGCGGCUGAAAAGUUGGCGAUGACCCAGGACAAAGGUCAACUUGAUUCUUCCCAAACUGGACACUGUCCUGAGCAAGCUCACAGGACGAAUUUGGUGAAGCAAAUUGAAUUUAACUUCCGUUCACAAGCCAUCGCCUCUCCAAGAGCCGCUGCAUCAAAAGAACAAGAGAAGUUUGGGAAAGUACCAUUCGAUUAUGCCAGUUUUGAUGCACAAGUUUUUGGUAAACGUCCUCUCCUACAAACAGGGCAAGGACAAAAAACACCACCAUUUCCUGAAUCAAAGCAUUUUUCAAAUCCAGUGAAAUUUCCUAAUGGGCCGCCUAGUGCUGGCGCCCACACACAGAGCACAAUCCGUGCCAGCUCUUAUGGCCAUGGUCAGUGCAGUGAAGACACCCACAUAGCAGCAGCUGCUGCCAUCCUGAACCUUUCCACCCGCUGCAGGGAAGCCACAGACAUCCUCUCCAACAAACCACAGAGCCUGCGUGCCAAGGGAGCUGAGAUAGAAGUGGAUGAAAAUGGCACGUUGGACUUAAGCAUGAAAAAAAAUCGAAUCCUGGACAAGUCUAUACCCCCAACUUCCUCUCACACGAUAAUUUCAACCCCAUCUUCUUCCCCAUUCAAAGCAAGCAGCCUUUUGGUCAAUGCUGCUUUCUAUCAGGCUCUCUGUGACCAAGAAGGCUGGGAUGUGCCCAUCAACUAUAGCAAAACCCAUGGAAAGACAGAGGAGGAGAAAGAGAAGGACCCCGUGAACUCCCUAGAAAAUUUAGAGGAAAAGAAGUUUGCUGGAGAGACCUCUAUUCCAAGCCCAAAGCCCAAGCUCCAUUCAAGAGAUCUCAAGAAAGAACUAAUUACCUGCCCAACACCAGGAUGUGACGGAAGUGGCCAUGUCACAGGCAACUAUGCAUCUCACCGCAGUGUGUCCGGAUGUCCUCUAGCAGAUAAGACUCUUAAGUCCCUCAUGGCUGCCAACUCUCAGGAGCUUAAAUGUCCGACGCCAGGUUGUGACGGUUCUGGGCAUGUGACCGGAAACUAUGCUUCCCAUAGAAGCUUGUCUGGUUGCCCUCGUGCAAGGAAAGGUGGCAUCAAAAUGACCCCUACCAAGGAAGAAAAGGAAGAAUCUGAACUUAAGUGUCCUGUAAUAGGGUGUGAUGGUCAAGGUCACAUAUCGGGUAAAUACACGUCACAUCGCACGGCUUCUGGCUGCCCUCUGGCUGCCAAGAGACAGAAGGAGAAUCCUCUCAAUGGGUCCCCUCUCUCCUGGAAGCUGAACAAGCAAGAACUUCCCCACUGUCCUUUGCCAGGAUGCAACGGGCUGGGGCAUGUCAACAACGUCUUCGUCACCCACAGAAGUUUAUCUGGAUGCCCUCUCAAUGCACAAGCUAUCAAAAAGGUCAAGGUGUCUGAGGGACUAAUGACCAUCAAGCUCAAAGCAACCGGGGGUAUUGAUGGUGAUGAAGAAAUUAGGCAUUUGGAUGAAGAAAUAAAGGAACUGAAUGAAUCCAACCUUAAAAUUGAAGCAGAUAUGAUGAAACUUCAGACCCAGAUCACGUCUAUGGAGAGCAACUUGAAGACCAUAGAGGAGGAGAACAAGCUUAUAGAGCAGAGCAAUGAGAGUCUGCUGAAGGAGCUGGCAGGGCUCAGCCAGGCUCUCAUCUCCAGCCUCGCUGACAUCCAGCUGCCACAGAUGGGGCCAAUCAAUGAGCAGAAUUUUGAAGCGUAUGUAAAUACUCUCACAGACAUGUACAGCAAUCUGGAACGAGACUACUCUCCGGAAUGCAAAGCUCUACUGGAAAGCAUCAAGCAGGCGGUGAAGGGCAUCCAUGUGUAGGAGGGCAGCUCGCAGGAAGCAGAGGUCACCACAGCAGGGAACUCCAGAAGAUCCAUAGAAG